AACCUGCACCUCAACAGAUCUGGGAUUAAUUCUCCACAUUUCACAGAUUAAUGUAAUCUCACACAGGAGUAGAGAUUAGCCCUGGAAUUUUCUUUGAUAAACUUUGGAUUGAUCACAUAUAUUUCUAGAUUGAUCUGGGAUUAUUAUCUCAGUUUAUGUCCAACACAGAUUAUUCAUUGUUUUAUAUAAAACGUGUUGAUGUGUUUUAAAUGAAUAGGGUCUGAUGUGUUGACUCUUCAUAUAACUCUACCUGUAACAUUAGAUUGAAUGCAGAGGUCAGCAGCUCAACAGGCUCAGACUGCAGGUCCUUAAAAUAAACCUGAAGUAGCACCCACACCCUCCCCAAACAACCACCCACCCCCACACAGUGUCAUGUGCAGACUCCAUUACAGAAUGAAAACAGACACAAACAGAUGGACGCGUUUUAACUUGGGGGAAACGCUGUAUUAACAAAGAAUAACUUGAAAACAAGUUAGUUUCUGACGGUGAAACUCUGUCAUCCUCCAUCAUGGCGGCAGCCAGCAUCUCUCAGUCUGGCUCAGCAGCUCCCAGUCUGAGCUUUGAGGAUUAUUCUAUCUACAGUAACCUGAGUGAUGACGAACUGCUGCAGCUCGCUGUUGAACGCAGUCUGACUGACACGCACUGUGCCAACACCAACCCAACCAGCAACACAACCAGCAACGCAACCGGCAAUACAGCUGCUGCCGCUGCCACACCUCUUCACUGCCAACCUACAGCCAGAAACACCAACCAACCCAAUCUCAGCUUCCAUAAUCCAGCUCCUGCCCAGACCACUGCACACUACAGUUCUCCAAACCCUCCGACUGAAAAGCCUCCUGAUCCGAAGACGUUUGAUGGGACAAUCAGUCGCUUCAUGACAGGUUCUGGAAAGAGGAUGGUGGCUUAUCGCAGACCUGAUGGCAGUCUGGUCCACAUCGCUCCAGAGCCUGAAGAGGAGGAGGAGCCUCUGUUCAAAGCGAUCCGUGUUGGAGAUGCGAGCAGAGUGAAAGCGUUAGUGAUGCAUCCGGGAACCAACCUGAUGCUGCCGAGUAAACCGGGCUGGCUCGCCAUUCAUGAGGCGGCAUGGUAUGGCCAGGACACCUGUCUGAGAGUCUUGCUGUCAGCUCAGCCUGGGAUGAUCAACAAGCGAACAGACCGCGGUGAGACGGCGCUGCUGGUUGCUGUCAGCAAAGACCAGCAACAAUGUGCUCAGGUGCUGCUGGGAAACGGAGCUGACCCUGAUAUCCCAAACUACGAAAAAGAGACUCCGCUUUAUAAAGCAUGUGAGAGGAACAGUGCUGCAAUGGUGGCGAUGUUGCUGAACCAUGGAGCGGUGGUGAACACUCCUUGUAUUCUGGGUUGGACCGCACUGCAGGAGGCUGUGGUUCGAAACAAUGUGGAGAUCUGUGAGAUGCUUGUGAAGGCCGGAGCCAAACACAACCUCACCAACAUGUACGGCAUCUCAGCGUUGUUCAGUGCAGCUCAGACCGGGCAGGUUGCUGCCCUGCGUUUCCUCCUUAAACAUGGUGCAGAUGUCAACAGUCAGGCUGCUGAUGGAGCCACUGCUCUGUAUGAAGCCGCUAAAAAUGGACAUGAGGAAAUUGUGGAGCUCCUCCUCUCACAAAAUGCAGAUGCCAACAAACCAGGAAAAACCGGAUUAUUACCACUUCACAUUGCUGCCCAGAGAGGAAGUGACACUAUUGUCUCCAUGUUGAUCCCAGCCACCAGUAAGGCCAGAGUCCGGCGGACCGGCAUCAGCCCACUCCACCUGGCAGCGGAGCGUAACCGUGACAAUGUGCUGGAGGCUUUGAUUGAGGCGGGCUUCGACGUCAACGCUCAGCUGUCUGAAGACAGGUCGAAGCUGUAUGAGGACCGCCGCAGCACGGCGCUCUACUUCUCCGUCAUCAAUAACAACAUUGACGCCACGCGCAUGCUCCUGGCGGCUGGCGCCAACCCGAACCUGGAUGUGUUUAAGCCGCUGAUGGUGGCGGCAAGGCAGGGCUGCAUCCAGACUAUCACCUUGCUGGUGGAGCAUGGAGCUGACAUUAAUGCCGGCAUCCCCACCCACCCCACCACCUUCCCUGCUGUCUACAUGUUCUCCAUGAAGUACCUGCCCAUGUUCAAGUACCUGCUAGACCACGGAGGCCACGCCCUCUCCUGCUUCGACUGUGUCUAUGGCAACCGACCUCAUCCACCGAUCAAAACCACCCGAUCACAGAGGAACGACGAUAGUAGAGUCCUGACAGAGUCCCAGCUGAGGAGAGGCGUUCAGUUCUGUGAGAUGAUCUCAGCCCCCAGUAUCUGUCGGUGGGCGGGGCCAAUCAUUGAUGUUCUAUUGGACUACGUUGGUCAUGUGACUCUCUGCUCCAGACUGGUAGAACACCUUGACAGUUACUCUGACUGGAGUGUCAUCAAGGAGAAGGCAGCUCCCCCGCGGCCCCUCAUGCAGCUCUGCAGGCUGCAGAUUCUGCAGCUUGUUGGACGUCGACGUAUAAAGAGGUUACCUCUGCCUGGAGGUCUGAUCCGCUUCCUGCAGCACCAGGAGAAACUGCUUGAUGACAUGUAACCAGUUUACCCAGUUCUUCCAGUCGAUGAAGUUUACUGGACGACAUGAUGACGAGAGACUAUUUAAAAUUUGUUUGUCCUCCAUACAGAUGAAGUUAGACUGGUUUGUCUAAUCAGUGAGUGAAUCCACAAAUCUCACAUCAUGUCCCAGGAGUUUCCAGGAUUUUUCAGGAGCUCCCAGGUGCUUUUAGGUGUUAAAAUGAAGAAACUGUAACUCUGUAAAAAGAAGUUUGCUCAUUUUUUAAACUCAACUAACUAAAAGGUUUGACUAAAAACUAAAAGCUGCUUGUUGAAGUCACUGUUAGAUAUUUCCAUCUCUUUUUCCAGGAGUUUCCAGGGAGAUUCAGUUCCUCCAACCUACACCUUAAAUAACACCUGAAAUGUUCCCUUGUUUUUUUCUUGAAUUUGUUUCCUUUAAAACUUUUGUCAUCAAAUAAAUCUAACAAGAUGAAUUUUAUGUUGGUGAUGAUGAAGAUGAUGAUGAUGAUGAUGAUGAUGAAGAAGAUGUGACUGUAGGUGAAGCAGCGUUUCAGCUCGGUCUUUAACACCCACAGGAUCCAUCUGAUCCCUGAGACCUCAGAAACAGAAUCACUGUGAUCAAUCUGUUUAAUGAUCAGCUGGAUCAAUACCCACACAGUGAUGUCAGAGCUGAGUGUGUUUAUGAGACAUUAAAUGAGUCGAGUCUCCAUGGCAACUGAAAUCCGAUGUUUUAGUGUGUCAUUAAACAGACCUGAGGUGUUUUUUAAUUAAAGCAGUCUAACAGGUUUACAGUCUGAGUGGAGACGCUGAUCACCGCUCAUGAACCUGAGGAUUUUAAUCACUGAACAUUAUCGAUGACUUCAUUCCCCUUAAACUGCUGUUGUAUAGGACAUUAAACACAUCAACACUGUGAGAGAAAAUCUGCUCAAAGGAAGGUUUCAUGUCAUCGAUAAACUGACUUUAUAAUCGUCCUGAGAUUUUAUUUCAUUUACAAGAAUCUGAAACUGUUUGUUUAAAUACAAAUAUAUUAAAUCUGAUGAUGAUGCUAA